CUGCGCAUGCGUGCGCGUCCCCGCCGCCUAGCCAUGGCCCGGCUCGGAGCUUGCGGCCGGGGUCGCGCAGCGUGCUUCUCCGCUGCUGUAGGUGGCGGCGGCUCCCUGGGGCGCGGUCCGAGCCCCAGGCAAGUACCCGGAGCCUGGAAAUCCGGGAAAGCGCGAGACUUGUUACGUGGCCGAAGGCGGCCUGCCGCGCACUCGCGCGCAGCGAGGGCUUUUUCUUCCAGACGCUUCCAUUGCACCGUCGCCGCACGUGUUGCAGCCUGCAUGCCACCUGCAGGAGCCCCCAGGCCCGCUGAGGCUGUACGCUGAGGGUCUGCAGACCGCAGGAGCCGUGCAUAGUGAUCUUCGAUGCUCACCCUACAAGGACGGUGCUUGGCACGGAGUAGGCUCUCAACAAAUUUCAUGCGUGCAUGAAGAACCCUACACACUGUUCUAGAAGGCGAGGAUUCCAAGCUGAGAGAGGAGGUGGAGGUCAGUCCAUGGCUGUUCCACAGGAUUCAAAUGAGACUCCCUAUUUGCUCCCUCCGAACAGUAAGGACUGGGAAGAGCAAAGCAUUCCUGAUUUUGUCUAUGGGCAGAAGGAACUCAUUCUGGAAGGGAUUCAGUGGCCAAGGACCGCACCCAGCCUCCUGGACAGGAUAGCAAGGUCUCGCUUCGACUCUGUUCUCUGCUCCGCCUGGAGGCAGCGGAUGGAACUGGGGCUGUUCCGCUACUGCCUGGGGAAGCUGCAGACCCAAACCCUCCCUGGGCCAGUGGGUUUUGUGGCCCAGCUGAACGUGGAGCGAGGUGUGCAGAGGAGGCGCCCUCAGAACAUCCAGAGUGUGAAGCAGGCAUUUGACCCUGAACAGUUUAACUUCAACAAGAUCCGACCAGGAGAAGUCCUCUUCCGUUUGCUCCGGGAGCCUGAUCUCCCAGGUGCUGUUCAGCAAGAGGACAUCUACGUAAUGAUCAAUGUCAGCCCCUUGGAAUGGGGCCACGUGCUGCUGGUGCCUGCGCCCACCCGUGGGCUCCCCCAGCGCCUGCUACCAGCUGCACUGCAGGCCGGCAUUGAGGCUGUGCUUCUGAGCUCACACCCAGGCUUCCGUGUCGGCUUCAACAGCCUAGGUGGCUUGGCCUCUGUGAACCACCUCCACCUGCACGGAUAUUACCUGGCUCACAGACUGCCUGUGGAGGGAGCACCGAGUGAGCCCCUGGACCCGGGGGGCCAUUUACAUCUGCUCCAGGCCCUCCCAGCUCCUGGCUUCCUCUUUUACACAAGCGGGCCAGGGCCUGACUUGGAAGCCUUGGUGGGCAGGGUAUGUCGGGCCACUGAUUAUCUGACUGACCAUGAGAUUGCCCAUAAUUUAUUUGUGACCCGGGGGGCCCCACCUGGAAAGACAUCACCUUCCUCAGCUCUCACAGGUGUCCGAGUAAUUCUCUGGGCCCGGAAGUCCAACUUUGGAGUAAAGGAAGGUGAUGCAUUCAACGUCGCCCUCUGUGAGCUGGCUGGGCACCUCCCCAUCAAAACAUCCCAGGAUUUCGGCACUCUGACAGAGGCGGCUGCUCUGGCCCUUAUUCAGGACUGUCUGCUGCCCCCAGCCCAGGCAGAGGAAAUACAGGCAACUCUGGUGGACUUGAUAGCCAAGGAUGAGCAGUAAUCCUUCUGGAAGUAUUUAUUUUCUAUCCAGCCUAAGGCCCUUUCCGGAAAGUUGUCCACAGUGGUCAUUUGGGCUUCCAUGACUGCCUCUCACCGGUCUCAGCCUAAAGGGAGGGGUAAGGAACUGAUAAGUGGUCUCUGUAAAGAGAAGAAACCCUAGAAUAAAUCAAAUGAAUGAGCCAUCAUGAAUGUA